GAGCGCGACGACGCCAAGCGCAGGCUCUGCUCCUUCCAGACUUGGUGGGGCGUCUUCCUCAAGCUGUGCUUGCAGGACUGCGCCGGGGGAAGGGAGGGCGCGGGCAGGCAGGGUAGGGGGCGGCCUCAGGAGCUGCCGAAGACCUGGGCCACGGAGGUCAAGCACUGGUCUGAGAGCGGAGUGAGGCACUUGCGCUGGCUGUGCGCGCAGCGGGGCGCGGGGAAGAAAGCCGCUCGCGCGGGGCGGGGGCGGGUCUGCACAGACUGCAGCGACGAGUACACGCUGAGCGUGAAGCAUCGCCGCGGCAAUGCCGUGCGCUUUAACUGGCGCGGGCCUCGCUACGAUUGCGGAUGCGACACUUGCAACGGCGACGAGGUGUCGGCGGUGAAGGGCACCAUUUUGGCGGGCACGCCCACGAGCCUAUGGAUGAACAAGCUCAGCGCCUUCGUGAUGUGGUGCUUCGACUACAGCCUUGGCACGCUCAAGGACGAGGAGCACAUGGCCAGGAAGAUGGAUUCUGGGAGCAUUUUCGCAGACCUGCUCGGCGGCGGCCCGCGCAAGCGCCCCGCUGCUGCGAAAGCUGCGCCGAAGUGUCGGGCCAAGCGCUCGGCGAAGAGUCGUCCAGCCCAGGCGGGCGUCAAGAAGCGGCCUGUCAUGAAGCGCCCCGCGCGGUCCAGGCUCCCUGUUGCCCGAACCAGGAAGGUCAUCCUGCAGGUGGACGAGUCCUUCCUGAACAAGGGCAAGCUGUCCAAGCUGGCGAAGAACGCAAGGCCGAAGAAAGACAAGCUAUGGCUUUGGGGCGCCGUCGUGCAGGGUUCGCCGCACCUGUUCUUCUUCAAAGUAUUGAAGUCUGUCGAGGAUGCUUACGACGGCAAGCCCAGGGGCAAGCAGGAGCUGUUGGAGAACUUCAAGGAGCUGUCGCCUCCCGCUGGCGUCGUCAUCGUCUCGGACAAGUGGAGGGGGGCCAUCGCGGCUGUGAAGCA